CUCGGGUUUUCGGAAAGUCACUCGAGAGAAUGAGUCAGCUGUCAAGUCAGAACAAAAAAUUGAAAACAAAGUGAUUUUCUAUACUUUUCUGUGAUUUUGAGCAUAAAAAUCCUCUCAAUUCUUGAAUAUUCGAAUAAAAUCACGGGAAAUCGCGAUGCAGGACAACCGCCCAGAAUUGUACGAAGAGGUGAAGGUGUACAGGAAUGCCCGGGAGCGGGAGAAGCACGACAACAUGGCAGAGUUGUAUGCCGUGAUCAACACACUGCAGAACCUGGAGAAGGCGUACAUCUGGGACUGCAUCACGCCGCAAGAGUACACGGCGGCGUGCAGCAAGUUCCUGGUGCAGUACAAGGUGGCCUUCAAGCAGAUCCAGGGUGCUGAGUUCCCCACCGUAGAGGCGUUCGUGAAGAAAUUCCGGCUGGACUGUCCAGCGGCGUUGGAGCGUAUCAAGGAGGACCGCCCGAUCACGAUCAAGGACGACAAGGGCAAUACGAGCAAGUGCAUCGCCGACAUCGUGUCGCUCUUCAUAACGCUAAUGGACAAGCUGAGGCUGGAGAUCAAGGCGAUGGAUGAGCUGCAUCCGGAGCUGAGAGAUCUCGUGGACACCAUGUCGCGCCUGUCGCUCAUUCCGGAGGAUUUUGAGGGGCGCGUGAAAGUCGCUGGAUGGCUGAGCACACUCAACGCCAUGCAAGCGUCAGACGAGCUGUCAGAGGCGCAAGUGCGGCAGCUCCUCUUCGACCUGGAGUCAUCCUACGCAGCAUUCAACAAUCUCCUGCACUCCACGUAGUUCACUUUAUCACUGAGCACCUUAUUUACCUUCUUUACCACUCAAUAAACGAAGACGAUGAGUCACAAACGGAUUUUUUCUUAUUGUCCUCGCAAUUCGA